CUUGAGUGAAAGAGCUAACUCCAGGACCUGGACAACCUGCUCAAAUGCCUAAUGUCAAGCAGGUUACUCCACGGGCAGAAACUUUGAGUAAGGUUUCUCCCAAUAACCCAGGAACUGCAUCACCUGCUAUUGAUUUGCCUAGCAAACCUGCUGCACCUGCUGCAACACUACUGGUUACGCAGGUUGUGACUACUGCUGGAGCUCAACCAAAUAAUGCUGCAGUGAGGACUUCACCUCUUGGAGCUGUUGAGCCAGUAUUUGAUACUCAACCAACUGCUGCAGAAAAAAGGAUGCAAAGCAGACACCAUGGAACUCCUUGUGAAUUAACCAUCAAAUUUGAAACAGAAAGCCUUGCAUUGGCCUCACAGCUGUUUUUUUCUGAAUUUCAGGUCGGGACCGGUGAUCAGUGAUCUCUUGGGAGGCAAUUCUGAUGGGUACUCAAAUCCAAGUUCUUGUCAGAUUUACUUGACAUUUCUAGCUGAUAGCACAUUCACUGAAGAGGAUGUCUCUAGCUACUUUAGGAAAUGGGAAAAACCUCCGACAAGAAUAGAAGGCAAAAACUGCACCAUCUGGAUAUGGGAAAGUCAUCAACAAGUUUAAGCUCAUCCGGUGUUGAUUCUAGGGAGCCCCUUGACAUUCCAUUUGGUAAGCUCUUGCCACUUUCUUGAGGUUUUAUAAUGCAUUUCCUAA